UUUAAAACCUCUUGACCUUUCCCUCAAUGCAACAAGUCCAGUUGAAAACACACCUUUAUUAGUAAAACUUAUUGGUCCACAGUCCAGACUGUCAAAAGCUGAAUCACUGUUAAAACAAAAAUUGAAAGACAUGUUCAAGAAGGAUGAAAUUAAUGUAUCUUAUAACUUACUCAGUCAUCUGUUAUCUAAAAUAAAGCAUAUUUGUAAUGAAAAUAAAGUUAUAUACAGCUUUAAAAAGGACUCUACAUUUGACAGUACAAAAUAUAUUAUUAAUCUUGAAGGAAGUACAUCAAAUGUUGUUUCUGGCAAGGCUGCUAUAUUAGGAAAAAUAUUAGCAUAUCAUGAAUCUAUGCCCAGGGAAAGCACAUUUAAUGUCCCACCACACUGGGACACUCAGCAAAACAAAACAACUGCAUUAAUCCCUCUUGAUUCAAAAUCGUCAGAAUAUUCAAGAGUUGAGCAAAAGUUUCAUUCCACUAUUAUGGGUAAAAAAAUUACUACAGUUUUUAGGAUCCAAAACCUUUGGCUAUGGCAGAAAUAUUGUCAGCAUAAAGAGCUCCUAGAAAUGAAAAACAUUAAUUCAGUUGGUGAAAAACUUCUUUUUCAUGGUACUCGCAAUAAUGAGCCAAAAAGGAUUUAUGACAAUGAAGAGGGAUUUGACAUGCGCUUUAGUGCAAAAGGAAUGUGGGGAAAUGCCAAUUACUUUGCUGAGAAUGCCAGCUAUUCUGAUGCAUAUGCAUACAGGAAUUCAUCAGGUGCAAAAGAAAUAUUUUUAGCUCUUGUUCUUACAGGUGAUAGCAUUAGGCUCUCCCCAAAUUCUAACCUGCGAAUGCCUCCUCCAAAGUCAUCAAAUGUUAUUGCUGAAGGAAAAGUGCAAUUUGCAGAGACACGAUAUGAUACUGUGAAUGGCUUUACCCAAAACAGUACAGUUUAUAUGACAUAUGAUAACUUGAAAGCUUAUCCAACUUACCUGAUUAGUUACAUGUAAUAAGUAUGACACUGUGGAUGACUUUACCCAAAACAGUACAGUUUAUAUGACAUAUGAUAACUUGAAAGCUUACCAACUUACCUGAUUAGUUACAUGUAAUAAGUAUGACACUAUGGAUGACUUUACCCAAAACAGUACAGUUUAUAUGACAUAUGAUAACUUGAAAGCUUAUCCAACUUACCUGAUUAGUUACAUGUGAUAACUAUGACACUGUGGAUGACUUUACCCAAAACAGUUGAGUUUAUAUGAUAAUUUGAAACUUUAUUGAGCUUAUCAGAUUUGUUGUAUUUAAUUUGCAUUACAUCAAAUGAAAGAAGAGACUGCUAUAUACUGUUAUAAGCCAUGUACUUGUGGCAUCAAAAACAGAGUAGAAUAUCUCAGAAUUUUAUGUCUGUUGAACACAGCAUGUAAUAUUUAACAGUAGUGAAUUUGUUUUGGUUUUAAUUGAAGAGAAUUUGAAUAAUUUGGAAAUUUAUAAUGUAGUUUUAUACAACUAUGUAUAUGCUUUAGUUUUAUGAAAUAUUUUGCAAGUAAUAUAAUUAUUAUAAUAUAUGAAAACAUUUAUUGGGGCUUUGGUUUCUUUCAUGAUAAAACUAAAUUGAAUCUUUUAUAAUUCUGUGUGGUCAUAAUGAUUUAGUAUAAGCAUAUUAUAAUUAUUACAGUUACUUACUGUGUUUGUACAUGUUAUUCAGACUGUCAUUCAUGCAAUUUUCAGCUCAACAAGUUUUGUGGAAAAUUUUAUUGUACUGAUUGCUCCAAAUUUUAUAUGAUAUGCUAAAAGAAACUCACUGAGAUUAAGAAGAUAAAAUUAAUGUGUGUGUGUGUAUAUACCUAGUAUGGUAUUACAAUAAAAUAUAACAACAAUAGCACACAGUUGUAAUAUUACUCAAUUUUUAAUUAUUUUUUUUUUAAUGAUGUAUUGUAACAUUUGUACUGUUACACCAAUGUUUUUUUUUAAAUCAAUAAAUUCAACUUGCUGUGGACUAA